AUGCCAUAUACGAUGUAUCGAGAGACAACACUCGGCACGGCGCUGACGAACACUCUGGACGAGUUUCUCGAAGAAGGCUUGAUUAGUCGGACAUUGGCAGCUAAGGUUUUGGCAGCUUUUGAUGCCAAUAUAAAUAAGGCUUUGUCCUAUAAGGUUAAGAACAAGAUGCAGUUCAAAGCUGACAAACUUCUUGCUUAUCGCUACUGUGACAAUGUUUGGACGGUCAUAAUGAAAGGUGUUGAAUUCCAUGAUGUGUUCUGGCCAGUGUCUCACCGAGUUGAGAAGCUGAAAAUUGUUGCCUGUGAAGCAUUGCAACAUCAGAGCACGCUGAUGUCAGCGCUUCAAGAUAUUCAGCAACAACCGUGA